AUGGAGAAAGUGAGUAGCUAGCAAUUGUCAUCAAUGUUAUGGUCAAAAACUAUUUUCUCUGCGAUAUUUGCAAUAUUGUCUCACCGUUUGUGUAACGGUAUUGGUGGUCAAUAGGAGUGUUUGCCUUAUUUGACAGAAAGCAGUAGCUAGAUAUGUUCCUAUGCGGACUUCAAGUGCUAUUGUUAGCUAACCGGUAAUGUUACCUAUUAGCUGGCUAACAAGCGAGUUAAAUUGUAUUUACAAUCGUAUCUAAUUUAGACGGCAAAUAUUUUUGUCCAGAGCGAGUGUAAUUUACAGUGAGUAUUGGUAAAGUCUCUAGCCAGCCAGUUUAGCCAGCCGAUUAGAUAGCUAUCAGUAGUUAGCUAGCUAUGUAUGUACUGUAGCUAGUUAAUAUAGCUAGCUAACAUAGGCCUGUUCUGUCGAUCAGGGGGGAAAAAGUGCAGGCACGAUUACUUUAUGCUCUGAAAUGGCUAACAUUACUGCUAGCUAGGUAGCUAGCUAAUUCAAGUUGACUAACGUUAACAUGAAUAUCUAUCAAGCUAGCUAGCUUUUCCAGUUUCCAGUUAGCUAGCUUGGGUACUGGUUAGCUAGCUAUAGGACAUGGCUGGCAAGUUAACCAGCUAGCUAGCCAACAGUUUGCCUUGGGCAGGACUACAAGUCAGUCAGAAAUCAAACUUACUAGCUAGUUAUCAUAUAGCAGUAGUUAAUCUCAGUAAAUCACAUUUAAAAUAUGAGUUAACCUAGCUAGCCAUGUCUACAUUGGUUUAGCUGAAACAUAGCUAAUGUUCAUCAUGGUAAAGGAUAGGUUUCUGCGAUCGUCCUCAUGGCAUAUAAGUGUCAGGAACAGGUGACUGGCUUGGGAUGGGUUAAACCUGACAGCUGGUUCCUACAGACCUUGUCUGCUUUAUGAAUCAGAUUGUUGCUUAUAGAUCUCAAAUUGGCCAAAUCAAGAUGAAAGCUGUUUUACUAAACUGACAAGUAAAGAAGUACUAUGCUGGGCAAUAUAUUUAUAAUUUUGGUAAAGUGAAUUUAAUCAAGUCCUUUUUUUCCACUCACAGGUGUCACAGUUGAAAGAUCAGGGCAACAAGGCACUGAGUGCAGGGAAAAUCGACGAGGCCAUACGCUGCUACACCGAAGCGUUGGCCCUCGACCCCUCAAACCAUGUCCUCUUCAGCAAUCGCUCGGCUGCCCAUGCCAAGAAUGGCAACUACAAGAGCGCUCUAGAGGACGCCUGUCAGACCAUCAAGAUCAAACCUGACUGGGGAAAGGUGAGAUCAUAUCACAGUUGUCCAGUGAGGGAAGCUUUGAUUUGCACUAGCUGUUGUCAAAAGUGACAUGCCUCCAUUAGCAUUAUUUUUGCUUGCACAGGGGUACUCAAGGAAAGCAGCAGCCCAGGAGUUUCUUGGAAGGUUUGAGGAUGCCAAAGUGACUUACCAAGAGGGAUUCAGACACGAACCCACUAAUCAGCAGCUCAAAGAGGGGCUGCAGAACAUAGAAGCCCGGCUAGCAGGUAAAAACAUUUGAACAUGUCACACUUUCUCACAUGAUUAUAAAGAAAACACAAUGGUAUCUUGUUUACGCACCAUGCUUUAUUUGGCCUGUUGUGAAUUUCACCUAAUCUUGCCUCACCAGAAAAAAAGAUGAUGAACCCCUUUGCCAUGCCCAACAUGUUUGAGAAGCUGGAGAGUGACUCUCGAACCCAUGCCCUGAUGAAAGAUCCAGAGUACAGAGCGCUUCUGGAGCAGCUCAGGGAUAAACCAUCUGAGCUUGGCUCGUGAGUGUUUCCAUGGAUACCACUUGUCUUGUUGCACUGCACCUGUACAUUCAGAAAUAUACUGGUUUUCACAGUCCCCUUCCUAAUGCAAAGGGAAUUCAGCACAAAGAUCAUCAUGCCAGACUGUCUGACUCUAGUAAUAUGCCCCAGAACACUAAAUUAAUUUGUGAUUUUCUGUGAUCUGAAUCAAAUACACUCUUUGCCUCUGUCCCUCUACCUGUAGAAAGCUCCAGGACCCUAGAGUAAUGACCACCCUGUCAGUCCUGCUGGGGUUAGACUUGGCAGGCAUGGAUGAAGACGAAGAGCCCACUCCACCCCCUCCUCCCAAACCCAAAGAGACUCAGCCACCUCCUCCCAAGGAGGAAGACUUACCCGAGAACAAGAGACAGGUAAAUAGAUUGCAUUAUAAGUAAUCCUAUAGACCAGGGGUAUUCAACUCCUACCCUAUGUGGUCCGGAGCCUGCUGCUUUUCUGUUCUACCAGAUAAUUAGUUGCAUACACACCUGGUGUCCCAGGUCUAAAUCAGUCUGGGUGCUCCCCUGAUUAGAAGGGAACAACUAAAAAACCUAGUGGCACUGGCUUUGAGGUCCAGAGUUGCGUUUGAGGGCUAUAGACCUUCACAGUCUGGGACAAUGGUAAUUCACGCAAGCAUCUCCUCUCAGCACCCAAACUGAAUUGCUGUAUUUAUUGCCCUCUCAGCACUUUGUCUUUUACAGCUUAAAUGUCCAUUGUGCUUCCACAGGCUCUGAAGGAGAAGGACCUGGGGAAUGAGGCAUACAAGAAGAAAGACUUUGCCACUGCACUGAAACAUUAUGAAGAAGCCCUCAAGCACGACCCAACCAACAUGACAUAUCUUUCUAACCAAGCAGGUAUAGAAUCGUGGUCCUCUGUAGCUCAGCUGGUAGAGCACGGCGCUUGUAACGCCAAGGUAGUGGGUUCGAUCCCCGGGACCACAUGUACACAAAAAAAUGUAUGCACGCAUGACUGUAAGUCGCUUUGGAUAAAAGCGUCUGCUAAAUGGCAUAUUAUUAUUAUUUAGAAUCGUCACUACACACACAACAGACAGAGACAAUAGUGUGUGAGUGAAUUAUAGAAUCUUCCCAACUCGCUCCAGCUGCCGCCUUAGACUUAAAUAUGGUUUUAGGAGAGGCUUUAAACUUAAAAUGGGGUAAAACUACAGUUUAACUAUCCACAGUGUUGCAUAUCUCAGAAGUCUGUAUAUGAAAAAAAUUAUGUAAAGUUUUAUCCAUUAUAUUACUAAUUGGCUGUGGAAUUAAUAGGCUUGAACAGAAUCAUGUGAUUAACUGAGUGAACAUUUAUGCCCCCUAAUCCUGGGUACAAAUGUAUAUUUCCAUUCGAUCAAGGGCAGAUAAAGCAGCAUAACAUUUGAUCAUUUUAUGUGGGUCCUCAGCAAGUGAUUUUGCAGAAUAGUUUUGUCCGGUUUAUAAGAAUAAUUAUUGUCAAAAGGCUAUACAAUCUACUCAAUAACUCUCCAAGUGAGAGAGCUUUUCCUACCAUGGAAGCCAUCUCAUGUCACCAUCAUGAAGUCAAUGUAAUAUGAUUUUGAUAUGCAUGCUUUUAUGAUCUUUAAAAUCUGAUUGAUAAUGAGCUAGUUGCAUUGGUUUCUAAGGUGUUUCUUCUCCUUUUCUGUAUGUCCAUCCCAGCUGUGUUCUUUGAGAAGGCUGAGUAUGAGAAGUGUAGGGAGCUGUGUGACAAGGCCAUCGAGGUGGGCAGAGAGAACCGGGAGGACUACAGACACAUUGCCAAGUGAGUUCCUUCUCAAUUCACUGAAAAUAAUGAUACAUGUGAGUCACCCUCUAGGGUAUAAACUGCUAGGUGUCUGCUGCAGACAAACAAUCAAGGGAUGAGGGGAGAUAAGGUCUCCUGAAUAAGUAGCCAAUUAAGUCCUUGUAUUCACUAUUGCCAGGUCACAUUUGGGUAACGGUGGGGCUCUGCUACAAACCGGGGAAAUGAAAUGUCAGAGCAUGAGUCAUCCAGCUUUCUAAUUUUAAGUGCAUACACUCAAUGCUUAAUGUCUCUCUCUCCCUAUCUCUCAGGGCCUUGGCUAGGAUUGGCAACUCGUACUUCAAGCAAGAGAAAUACAAAGAAGCAGUCCAAUUUUACAACAAGAGUCUGACAGAGCAUCGCACUCCUGAUGUCCUUAAGAAGUGCCAGCAGGUACAGAGAGUGUUGCCUAUAUUGAAUGAGGGCUGACAGGAUACAUUAUGCUCUUUAACCAAUCAAUUUCUCACCGUCCCGUCACUAUCCCGUCACUGUGUCACUAUCCCUUCACUGUGUCUGCAGGCGGAGAAGGUACUGAAGGAGCAAGAGAAGCUGGCCUACAUCAACCCAGAGCAGGCCUUGGAAGAGAAGAACAAGGGCAACGAGUCCUUCCAGAAAGGUGUGUGUUUGUGAAAUGGAGGAUCUACAAUGGUUGAAAGUAUAUGUCAAGCCUAUUUGUGCGCUUAGUGGUACGGUUUCUCUAGUUGUCUGCAUACCAUUUUAGAUUAUUAACAAGCAGUUGUGUAGAGCUGCCAACUGUCACGCAUUGGCCGUGAGAGACACAUUUGACCCUUCUCACGCCACACCUCUUAUAUCUCACGCAUUGGAAAGUACUGCUUUUAUUUGUCUAAUUAGUCCAUUGUAUAUGGUGCGUUAACUUUUCAACUGUGCUCCAAAUCAUUUUGAAAUCAGAGCGUCUGCGACCGCAACUUGACAUCACGAGCUGAACCUCUAUCAUUGUCCUGUCUUGCCACAGCACUGUGAACCGUGGCACAUUGAAGCAUAAGAUUGGUCUAGUUAUGUAAGAGAUCAAGGGGAUGGGAUGCGCAUUUUAAAGAAACGCCCCUCAAGAUUAGAUUGGAGCUGAACGGAGAGCGAGAAUGUUCUCCGCUGAGUUUAUAAAACUGUAAAAGAGCAGCACGGUGGCGCUGUUUUAUGUACAAUGUUGUCAACAAAAUUAGGUUGCUGUUUCUCCCGUCCGUAUUGCAGAAUGCAGCGUUUUGACAGAAUGUACUAAAGCCGAUUUUAAAUCGACACUUGCAUUAGUCCCCUCAUUUCGAGAAUGGCUUUUAGGCUGGGAAAAUGAAAAGGCAGCAGACAGACCUACUACAGUAUGUUUUAAGAGGGAAGUUUGUAACUAUGAAAAUAAUUUUGUCAAACAGAUUGUGAACCCAAAAGUGUAAGUUUGAUUCUAGAGGGGGGACAAUAAAUAGAAAAAUAAUUUGGUUAGGGUGUAGGGGAAGAUCUAUGUCAUCUUGUCUUCAGGAGAUUCUAUUAUCUAUACUGAACAAAAAUAUGAACGAAACUUGCAACAAUUUCAACGAUUUUACUGAGUUACAGUUCAUAUAAGGAAAUCAGUCAAUUGAAAAAAAUUCAUUAGGCUCUAAUCUAUGGAUUUCACAUGACUGGGCAGGGGUGCAGCCAUGGGUGGGCCUGGGAGGGCAUUGGCCCACCCACUGGGGAGCCAGGCCCAGCCAAUCAGAAUGAGUUUAUCCCUACAAAAGGGCUUUUUUACAGACAGAAAUAUUCCUCAGUUUCAUCAGCUGUCCGGGUGGCUGGUCUCCGUCUAUCCCGCAGGUGAGGAAGCCGGAUGUGGUCCUGGGCUGGCAUGGUUACACGUGGUCUGCUGUUGUGAGGCCGGUUGGACGUACUGCCAAAUUCUCUAAAACGACAUUGUUUAUGGUAGAGAAAUUAACAUUCAAUUAUCUGGCAACAGCUCUGGUGGACAUUCCUGCAGUCAGCAUGCCAAUUGCAUGCUCCCUCAAAACUUGAGACAUCUGUGGCUGCACAUUUUAGUGGCAUUUUAUUGUCUCCAGCACAAGGUGCACCUGUGUAAUGAUCAUGCUGUUUAAUCAGCAUCUUUAUAUGCCACACCUGUCAGGUAGAUGGAUUACAUGUCUUUACAUGUUUAGUAAAAAAAAAUUGUUCAGUGUAUUUACUUUUAUUUAGUCUGAUCAGUGGAACAAUUCUCAUUCUUAACAAUGGGCUAAAAAAAUAGGGUAAUUAGAGUACUUGUCAGCAAGAACACUACUGUUAUUCCCCACAAUUAUUUUAUUAUUCCACUUCCCAAUGUUGCCACUGUAAUCACAUAUUUGAAAUCUGAUAUGCCUAAUUGUGUCUUUGAAAAUUAAUGAUUAAGCUUUAUUAUUGCAGCCAUUCAUGGACAGUUUUGAAUAAGUCAUACAAAUAAGCAUUGGAUAUCAAAUGCUCCAGGAAUCAAAUAUAAUUUGACAUUUUAGUACUGUGCACAUGCUAGGCAGAGAUGGUAGGGGGACUCAUAAAUGCAUCAUUCUGUCUAUGGCAAGGGUCUUUAACUAGUAGGCAUCAACCACCUGAAUAUUGAUAUUCAUUCGAUUUUUCUUUAAGGUUGGGUGAUUUUGAGAAAUGUAUUGUUAUAACAAGAACAUUUUCAAACACCCAGCACUUGGGAAACAGAUCAGGGGUGGCCAACCCUCCUGGAGAGCUAGCAGGAUUUUCUUCCAGACCUAUUUUAAAGAGAGAGUUCACAAAAUUUACAAAAAUGUUUGUGUCCUUACCUUGAAAGCAGUCUAUGGACAAGGAGACUGCAAUCUAUAAUUUGGUUACCCACUGCCAUCAACCAUUAAUAUUAUUUCCUGUGCAGAGCCUUGGUGUUAUGUUCCCCAGCAAGAACAGAAGGGGGAACUAACAGAGUCACUGACCACAACCAAAAUGAAACAGGUGGGGUUUUAGGAGGGGUUCUGAAAGACACUCAUGGGGGUGUCCACUGAAAGUUGACUAGCAACAACAACUGGGACCGAAAAGACACCCACCAUGAGCGGCCACUAAAUUUGCCCAAGAAGAGGCAAACAAAAGAAAAACCCACACCAAACUUAAAGACAGGAAAAAGUGAGCAACAGGGAACAUCAAAUAAAGGAUUGUUUGUAAAAAUCAAAUAGGGAGAGACAACUAAAGGUGUUAAUCCUCCACAUCUCUCAAGACAAGGAGCACUGGGCCAGCCAUUCUUGAAUAUCACCUGGGCCAGCCCAAGUGAAACACUUUCCCACUAACGAGAUGACAAACCAGCACAGGUGGAACACAUACUGACUAACGAGGUGACACCAAUCGUUGCGCCCCGAGUGCUAACGUGCUAACGUCCAACCUCGAUAUAUAAAUGGAAAAACCAAAGCCUGUAACAGUGUUAAUACUCCCUGGGAAAUGUCGCAUACAACUUUCCACCUGAGAACGGGGAUCAAUUCCGGCUUCCAACCUUCCCACUUCUUCUAGCGUUUGCCUGUCUCCCCAUCUCAUUACUGUCUAAAAUAUAGUGUCAAAGCACCUAAAAAACAAGGUUUUAAAAAAUGUACUCCCACCAAAAUCUCUAACAAAGUCGUCAAAUUUUGUGUUCGUUUAAUGUUCAAAGUAUCCUGAAUACGCCUGACCUGUGGUUCAUGGGCCUAAUCCAUGUCAAAAUACGUAGAAUUGCAGGAAAUUUGCUCUAACACAGUAACAUUUUCGGCUCUAUGGGUUGUGCCAGGGGGCAAUGAAAUUCACAUAGCAAAUCUCACUCCAAGCUUUCUUCAAAAGUUGGCAGCCCUGAGUUGUGCGUGUAUUCCAAAGAUUCCCUGGUUGUGUCAGGAUAUCUGACAUGCUGUGUUUUAUCCUCUGUUCAACAGGAGACUAUCCUUCAGCCAUGAGACAUUACUCUGAGGCCAUCAAGAGGAACCCCAAUGACGCCAAGCUCUUCAGCAACAGAGCUGCCUGCUACACCAAGCUGCUGGAGUUCCAGCUUGCCCUAAAGGUACAGCACACCUCACUACUGUGGUGCCAUGCAUGUACAUGAGCUUCAUCCUCGUCAUUACUCAUUUAGAAACACCAGCUUGAUUAUAUAUUAUAUCCACUGUAGUACUUUAUCAGUCAAAAAGGACUGACUGAUAUUUUAUUUCUCCUCUCUUCUAGGACUGCGAGGACUGUAUCAAACUUGAUCCUGCCUUCAGUACGUAUUGAGCUUUGAAAACGCUUUACAUUUGUGUUAAAGAUGCGUUAUACAGGUUUUGUCAACUUUUAAGCCAGUCGUUUUGAAAGUAGUUCUCAAGACCCAAAAAGGGUCCCCCGAAAAUUUUGAACGUCACAUACUGUAUGUGUAUCACAUUGUGGCCUACAUCAGAAAAGUGAUAGGCGGCUACUUUGUUUGCAUCCAAAGUCCGGUACCCUAUAGAUCAUAGAUUAGCCAUAGGCUACAUGACAAUGGUCAGCUGGGGCAAUCGAUAGCUGCAGUGUUUUGGACUACCAUUGGAAUAGCAAUUGUGAGUUUAUCAACACCAAAAGGACAUAGGCAAUUACUGAUUUGGGUUGUUGACAUUACAGGAAGGUAGUCCACAAUUUUAUAAUCUAUAAAGGUGGAAAACAGUUGACAGUUGAUGUAUGGAGCGAAUAAAAAUGUGUGUGGUGUGAACGGGAUAUCUAAAUGGAUGGAAGUAAUUUAAAUCUUUAGUACCCAUAUUCAACAAGACACGUCAGUGAUACCAUUUAGGAAGUAAGAUUGUCACCACAAUGUUUCUGAUUGGGUUGAAAAUUAUCUUCUAAUGUAUUUGCGGCUGAAAUGCCAACUCAUCUGUAGCCUACAUAUUUGCUACUUUGUUUCCGGUUAAUGUGUGAUGCAUUCUAACUUUGGAUGCAUUCAUAUAUUUGGUAUAUUGAUUUAUUCUCGCUUUCAAAUAAAAUUUUAUUUGCCACAUGCGCCGAAUACAACAGGUGUAGACAUUACAGUGAAAUGCGUACCUUACAAGCCUGUGCUUACCUUACAAGCCCAUUUCAUUAAAAAAAAGCAUGCAAGCAACUCCGUUUUGCAGAGUGCGCACCAGUAAAUUAAGGAACGCGUUUAGCUAACGUGCACGAAAUCCAUUAAGAUUUGAAUGUAAUGAUUUCGGGGAUUCAUAUGCUAGGAGAUGACUACAGAUGUUUGAACUGUAACAAACGUGGGCCCUUUAAAAGGAUUAAAGCAUAGAUCUCACCUCAUUUAACUUCUCUCUCCACAGUAAAGGGAUACACACGCAAGGCAGCAGCUUUGGAGGCCAUGAAAGAUUUCACUAAAGCGAUGGUUGCCUACGAGAAGGCUUUGGAGCUUGACUCUACCUCCAAGGUACAGUAUGACAGAUUUAUAUUGGCGCACUAGCAGGAUCUCCUUUACCAACCAACGGUAAAAGAAACUAAGGGCUCUGUUUUAACAAACGCAAUGGUAAAUCUAAGCGCUGGCGUUAGCGCUAUAGGUCCGGGGGGGGGGGGGGGGGGGGGUGUCCGAAAUAUUUGAGUUAUUUUCACAGCCGAUAUUAUGAGCACAAUAGCUGGCGGUAGUGCGAAAGAGCUGGGUUUUGAUGAAUAAACAAGUUGUAGGUGUGACGAGGACUUGGCCACUCACUGGCCAAUUAAUACUGCAUGCGUUUGUCUCAAGUUCUGUAGGUUAUUGACGGUCUUUGUGUUGUCAAUUUCAAUUCAGCUCGGGGCACGGGAUAUUCUCGUCCUAGUCCAUUGUGGACUGAUAUGACAGUUUAUUAAAUAGCGUAGGCUACAGUAACGAGUGAUUUUAUUUUUAUAACAUCCAUUGUUUGCUCAAUAUGUUUGGAGUGUUGACAGUCAACAUUGUUGUAAUUGACUUCAAUGAGUGUAGGCCUUUACGCAUCGCACUUCUCCCCCCCCCAAAAUACUAGGCUCCCUUAAAUUAUAUUAUAUGUAAGGCACGUUCUCAAUGAGCAAGAUUUAGCCUAGGCCUACCGUUGGUAUGGUGCUAUAGGAAUGCACCAUUUUCUUAUAGCCUGUGUUUGGAGGAGCGCAUCUUUGGUAACCGGACAAGAGGCGCUCUUUGGAAUUGGGGUCGGAUACCAGCUGAAGGGAGUAUGCACUGCAACUAGGCCUAUGGGAAUUCUGAAUAAUGCAAAAGCAGGUCGGUAAAAGCCUCACGAGUAGACAAUUUAGAAACCUUUUAUGGAAAAACGCUAUUGUUACAGGAAAGUCACUUAAAUGUUUCUACAUACCAGUGUCACCGGAUUGUCUCAUCUCUCGUUCCAUGAUGGACAUGUAACCUACAUGGAGGGGUUUUACACACAUCAAAAUAAUAACAGGAGCUGGCUAAAAUGAUGUAAAGCCUACAUGGAUAAAAAGGGGACGUUCGCUCACUGUUUUACUGCUGUUGCCAAACUUGAUCUUUUAAUAAAGCUUUGGUGACUUAAGAUUUAUUUCAAAGUGGUCUCACAAGCCAAACCCUUUAUCGAUAGUCUUGACUACUUGGAGAAUUCAUUGGGCAUGACAAAAAAACAGCCUUCAUUGAGAGGAGGGCAGGCUAUGCUUGGUUUUUAAUCAUAUGAAACAAAAUGGGGGAAAACAUUAGUUUAUGUUUCUAAGUACAAGGUUUACGGGCACAAAAAGCACAUCUCUCUUUUUCAAUGUGCAUAUGGGUACUGUGCGACGCGGCUGGAUAGGCUGUGCUUCCGUUGUCAAAAUCCAUGCGUUACCGCUAAGACCAGCUUUCGGUUGGUCUUAAAUAUCCCCACCAGUGCAUACUGAAAUUGGUACUUUUGGCGCAUGAUUUUAAGGAAACACCUUAGAUAUUGCCAACCCUCCCACCUCAGCGCAAACGAGCUCAUAUAAAACAGGUAAAUUACCAGUUCUGGCGAUAGGGUUUGAAAUUAGAGGAGUGCUGGCUUUAACAGGUCGAAAUUGCAAACUAACGUGCGUUUGACAAUUGAGCCGACUUAACGCCGAAAAUAGAGCCCUAAAAGUAUCUAUUAAAUAUGAAUCCAUGGCUCUUAGUUCUUCUAACUUUUUUUUGUUUUUUGUCAUUGACAAGACUGAGGCUAACAGUUGAACUGUCUAUCUGGCUCUCCAUUCCGGGUGCAGGAGGCCACAGAGGGCAUCCAGCGCUGCCUGAUGAGCCAGCACGUGAGGAACGACGACAGUCCAGAGGACGUGAAGAGGAGGGCCAUGGCUGACCCGGAGGUGCAGCAGAUCAUGAGUGACCCAGCCAUGCGCAUGAUCCUGGAGCAGAUGCAGAAGGACCCACAGGCACUCAGCGAGUAAGCGGGCCAGCUCUGUGCAUCUACACAUGCACAUUUACACACACACUAUGUACAUAGUAUACAACACAUGCACCAUAAUCACACACUAAUUGGCAAAAUUAGUUUUGAAAUGAAGUUGAAGUUGAUAGGUUUUCCCUCCUUAUUUCUCCCUGGACCCUCUCAGUCACCUUAAGAAUCCAGGCAUUGCUCAGAAGAUCCAGAAACUGAUAGAUGUGGGACUUAUAGCCAUCCGGUGAUGAGUAAGGAGAGAACAGGCCCAGACCCCAUGAAGAACAGCAAGAACACAGUGGAUCAAGAUGCCAUUCCCUCCAGCUAUAACAACACCCCCUUCCACCCUCAAAAUUAUACUGUACGCCAUCUUGCCGAAACUUCAUUUUUACUUUGUCCAUCUUACGGCCUUAAUGAAAUUGUACUUAGUCUCUUCCUCAUCAGAGAACUCUCUGAAACAAAUAAUUUGAUUAGGAAAAGGUAUCAAGCUUUUGGUUGGCACAAUGACACUGCAGCUAAUAACAAAAGUACUUCAGCAAAUAACGAAACAAGUAAUGCUCUAUUUUGUGGUCUCUGUUGGGUGUUUGAACAAUGAUGUCAAGGUGCAAUAUGACUGCUUCAUUUUUCACUUCCUUUGCGUAUUUAAAAACGGCUGGUUCCUGCUUGGAUCAGAUAGCCAGUCAAUAUCUAUGUAGGGUGCCUGACUAAGAUGAUUCCCACCCUCCCGGACAGGAUAUCUUUCAUAACUUCAGGUCAAUGUAGUUGUGCUACUGGUGUACAGAUGACGGGCUUACAAUCUCACAUUACUGUGCUUUCCAGAUCUUUAGAAUUAAAUGUUGUUCGGUCUUGUAAGUACUGAUCUUGGGAUCAGGUGUUCAAACUGGAUUAAAGGUGAUUGAACAUUUAAUAUCUUCUCCCUUCAUUAAACCCCUUUGACUGACAAUACAGAGCCGGGAAAAGUAUCCUCUGUAGUUGGUGUUUUGUAUAAAAGCUCUUCUGCUUCACAUGGGGCACAAAAUGGCUGCCAGCCAACAACUGCAGGACACUGUUUCCUGAAGGCCUGCGAUGUCAUACCCAUGGAUGUUUUGUCUGGUUUCAAAGAGUAAUGGGGGGAGGGUUGUGUUAAUAUAAUAUGUACUGUUCCCUUCAAGCGUCCUUUUUUCAUUUCAGCAUCUCACCAUAGCCAUUGGUCUGCUGGAGUUCAUGACACUGGGUGCCACUAAAUUGAAGUAGAAUACAAAUGUGGGAGAUUUGAGCAUAUUUUAGUCCUGUGAUUACACAACCAGCCCAUUCUCAGAAGUGGCACUCUCACACAUGUUGGUCACACACAAAGCCCAAGAAGUGUGAUGUACAAGUUAAAUUAAUCCUGUUCUGCAAAAUAUAUCUGAAUGUAUUUCAAAAUUCAUCUGUCUGUGGUUAUGCGUCCUUCUGCUUCUAUUUUCUUCCUCCACACUGGGGAAAACCCUUCAACAAGCAUGUUCCACUUUUGCUAAUGUAUGAAAAUUAUUUUUUCAAUGCCUAAUGCUCUGAAAACAAACCUUGCAUCUCAUUAUUAACCUGUAAUUGACCACUAGAGGGUCUUACACACCAAGCCCUCAGGAGUGUCUGUGCCAGAGCUUUUGUAUAAUUUUUGCCAGUAGUUUUGAAAGUAGUGCUCGAGCCAAAGCGUGUCCCUGAAAAUUGUGUACUACGUCAUCCAUUUAGUAUGAUAUGAUACGUCCUGCUAAAAAUGUUACAAAUUCCAAUUCUUACAAUAUUUUACAAAAGUAUAAGCGCUUAAGAUCCCGGACUGCAUCUUUAACUAU